AGUUGAUCGUCACCAUGGAAAAAGAUUACCGCACUUCAAAAAACACAAAGAAAGGUUUUUGCUAUACAAGCAUACAAUUUUGACUUGUUGGCAAUGAGUGCAGGGCAAUACAAGAUCGAGCGGUAUAGGUAGGAGCAGGAGCCAGAGCAAUGACAAUGGUCUUUGCUGCUGCACCCCCUACGACAUAUAGGGUUCUUGUACGGCCUGAAACUCAUUCUGCACAUAACAUCUGUAACACAUGUCGCUGUUCAUUUUCAUCUCUUCCAUCGUUUAAAAUGAGUUCGGUGGGAAUAUACUCUACUCUUCCUACUCAACAUCAAAAUAGUAGUUCAUGCAGAGGCACAAGAUGCAGAGCAGUUGUCAUUCCUUGCCUGGUGAGAGCAGCUGUUGUGACCGAGGAACUGCAGAAAACACCAGUGCCUCUUAAGGGUGUUGAAAAUCUAGCUAUAAUUGGCUCAGGUCCUGCUGGUUAUACAGCAGCAAUUUAUGCAGCUCGUGCAAAUUUGAAACCUGUUGUAUUUGAAGGCUAUCAAGUAGGUGGUGUGCCUGGAGGUCAGCUGAUGACCACAACAGAGGUUGAAAACUUUCCUGGAUUUCCUGAUGGUGUCACAGGGCCUGAUUUGAUGGAUAGGAUGCGGCAGCAAGCAGAGCGUUGGGGUGCUGAACUUUUUCAUGAAGAUGUAGACUAUAUUGAUGUCAGGAGCAGGCCUUUUACGAUAAGAAGCAGUGAGAGAGAGGUCAAGUGUCAUAGCUUAAUAGUUGCAACAGGAGCCACUGCCAGAAAGUUGGGGCUGCCUCGUGAAGAAGAAUUUUGGAGCAGAGGAAUAAGUGCUUGUGCAAUUUGUGAUGGUGCGUCCCCUUUGUUCAAGGGUCAAGAGCUUGCAGUUGUUGGAGGGGGCGACACAGCCACAGAAGAAGCAAUAUACCUCACUAAAUAUGCUCGACAUGUGCAUUUGUUAGUACGCAGAGAUGGGUUACGAGCAUCUAAAGCAAUGCAGGACAGAGUUUUGAGUAAUCCAAAUGUGAGUGUACACUUCAGCACUGGAGUUGUUGAUGUAGUAAGCAACAAUAAGGGCCAAAUGUCUGGCGUUCUAUUGAAAGAUAUGAACACUGGUGAGCAGCGUAUACUAGAUGUCAAGGGUCUCUUUUAUGGCAUUGGACAUAUGCCAAACAGCCAGCUCCUUGAAGGUCAGGUCGAACUCGAUGGUGCUGGUUAUGUAAUUGUGCAAAAUGGUGGAGCUACUACUAAUAUUGAAGGGGUUUUUGCAGCAGGUGAUUUGCAGGACCCAGAGUGGAGACAAGCAGUCACAGCAGCUGGUUCUGGCUGCAUGGCAGCAUUAUCUGCAGAGCGUUAUCUUGUCAAAAACAAUCUCCUCAUUGAGUUCCAUCAGCAGCCUAAAGUUGAAGAGGCUAAGAAAGAGAUCCCGGACAGAGAUGUACAGAUGGGUUUUGAUAUUUCCCAAGCUAAGCAUAAGGGUCAGUAUGCUCUUCGAAAGAUAUAUCAUGAGAGUCCACGCCUUAUUUGUGUGUUCUAUACCUCGCCAACAUGUGGGCCUUGCAGAACUCUUAAGCCUAUUCUUAACAAGGUAAUAGAUGAAUUUGAUCAUGAGGUACAUAUAGUUGAAAUUGACAUAGAAGAGGAUCCAGAAAUCGCUGAGGCUGCUGGGAUAAUGGGUACUCCAUGUGUUCAAUUUUUUAAGAAUAAAGAAAAACUCAAGCAAAUAUCAGGAGUUAAAAUGAAGAGAGAAUACCGGGAAUUCAUCAUUGGCAAUAGGGGAUGACGCAUAAAUCUGGAUAUAAUAGAUGUAUAAUCUAUGAAAUUUCUUGUAGACUAGUUAAGAUCAUUAUUUUUUGGAAUCUGUCAGAAGAUGACACAAGAUUUCAGUUCCUGUAGGGAGAAUCCCAUCUUCAACAUGUAACAUGUCCCCAAGGUUACUAUUGAUAGUGAUGCAAGAGUGAAUUCAAAAUCUGUGAUUUUUUCUUUUUAAUAUAAGGUGAUUUUCACCACAUUUCAGAAUCA